AUGAUGGUGUCAGCCCUGUGCGGUCUACGCUUCAUUCGGUCUUUUGGUCGACGAAAACUUUUGAUGAGCUCAAGUAUGGGUAUGACUAUCUGUCUGAGUAUCAUGACAGCCUGCACAGCACAUCACAAAAACAACCCUGCUGUGGGUGGUAUUGGAAUUGCGUUCUUAUACCUGUUUCUAGUUGUUUUUGCAUUUGCCUGGACCCCGAUGCAAGCGCUCUAUCCGAGCGAGGUCCUUGCAUACAACGAGCGUGCCAAGGGCCUUGCAUUUAUGAACUUCAUGUUGAAUGCUGCAAAUGUUUUGAACACCUACGUUCCUCCCAUUGGCAUCGCGAACUGUAGCUGGCGUUUCUACUUUAUGUAUAUUGCAUGGGAUGCGUUUGGUGUUGCGGUCAUAUACUUCACGUUUGUUGAGACAAAGGGCUGGAAUUUGGAAGAGAUUGACGAGUUAUUCCAUUCGAGAAACCCAGUGAAGAAGAGUCUGGAAAAGCGAGAUUGA